AUCAAGGCUGUUGUGUUUUUAACAUGUUUUAAUACUUUGUAUCUUGUUCUAUUUAAUCUGAAUAAGCCCCUAAAAAAGGCAGUGAUCACCGUCGGCCUCUCUUGGUUUUUAUUACCGCUAUUCAUUUUAAAGCUCAGUUCUUCACACCUUACGGUGUAACGAUGUAAGUGAUAGCAGAGCUGUACAUUUUAAUUGUUUUAGAAAUCCCUCAGUCAGAACAUGGUAUAUUAUUUAAUCUUUAAAAAUUUUUUGGGAGACUUUCCACUAGAGGGAGCCCACAUACCACCAGUGGUACACUGGUGGUAUGUUUGAGAACAGUUUGACAACCACUGAAAAAAGGCUCAGUAAUUCUAGUGUUAACAUAUUUCCGCAAUAGACCAAAGAGGAAAAAGCCUUGGAAGCUGAGGUAGCUGCUGGUUUAAGCUUGGACCUGUUGUGUGAUUCUUUAGAAAAUACUUUGCAUCACUGUUUAUUCAACAGUAAUGCAAAGUGUAGUAUGCAAAAUAUGGACUGCUUGUUAUUUAUAAGUAUUUCUUGACUUUGCGUUGUCAGUGCCACUGUACACUGACAAAGGCCGGAGUGACUGUGGACAUUUGCUUCUUAAGAUGGGAAUGGUAAUAUCCAGUAAUACCUUGGCCAUCUUUGCCCUGCUUUCGACUCUUAUUUUGGAAACAGGAAACAUCAGAAAAUGUUCAAGUCUGGUUUUGCAGGAAAACCAUGAAGCAGAACAAUUUCAUCCUUCUACCAGGCAGAGAAGAAAUGUUCCUGCAACUGUUUAUGAAUAUCUCAUUUCCCUUGAGGUCAACACAACCAACAUGGACCAGCUGAGAAACACUCUAAAAACUUUUGCUUACCCUGCUAAAAUCAGUUCUCAAAUAAAUGUCUCAGAUGUGGACAUUACUACAGACUUUACAAGGUGCCCUCUGACAACAACAUCUCCAUCAACAGGAAUUAAUGUGAGCAUGUCAGUCACCUUAGACAAGGAAUAUAUAACAGAUUAUAAUAAUAAAUCGAGUUCUGCGUACAGAAAGCUUGAAUCAGAAAUUAAUUCUGUGUUAAAGGCCCAGUAUAGUGAUAUAAAGGGGUUUAUCCAAGCCUUUGUGACAGGAUUCAGAAAGGGAAGCAUUAUCAUCGACUUUGUUGUUGAGGGAACACAAGUUGAUAUGAACGAAAUGGCUAAAGCAAAUAAAAACUUCACAAAUGCCAUAGUUUCUGUGGCCCCUGUCAUCAGCUCAGUUACUGCACAAGUCAUUAGUUCAUCUUCAAUCCAAACUCCUGCUGAGACUUAUACUGGUGAAAACAUGAUGCUGAUAUGUGGACCCAAUAGCACUGAGAAUAUUGACAUUGGACCAAUUUCUGGUUCUGUUUGGAAAUUGAAUGACCUUGAGAUCAUGUCUAGCAGGUUUAAAAUAGUCAAUCAGUCCAAGCUAAUAGUUAACAAUGUCAUUCCUGAAGAUGCUGGACGAUAUGAAUGUAUUCUGAAUGGGACAAACUUGUUUUUCAUUCAAACGGGAGUUGUAAAAGACGGUCAGAUCAAACAAGCUCCCAAUAUCCAACUACAGAGUGAAAUUCAUGUGUACUGCAAAGUGGGACAGACACAACCACUUCAGUGUUGUGUGCAACCCCCUUAUAACGUGAACUGGUAUAAUGGUUCAACACUGUUACCUUCUAAAAAUGCUGAAAAAAACUGCAUCACAUAUGAUUAUGAAAUAAAAAACUGCAGUGGCUCACAGGAAGUUUUUUGUAAGGUUAAUGAAUCAGUAGGUUAUGAAAAGACAACAAAACUGACAUUUUUUACUGAAGGACUUAAAUGUCAAAGAUGUUCCAAAUUUUGUGGCAAAACUGCGUGGAACUGUCAUGAAUGAUUCAAAUAAAAUAACAAAUUCAUCUGCAACAAUAUCAACAAUUGUUAACAUCCUAAAUAACAUUGCAAAUGUUUCCAGUAAUGUCAGUGAAACUGUCAUUAAGGUAAAUCUUGCCGUCUAUAUUUGUAACUCCUCAGGAAAAGAU